AUGAUGCUUGCUCUAAUUUUCAUUUGGCUUCAUUUAGUUCCAAGCUUUGUGUUUGGUAAUGGAUAUAACCUCACAAUUGAAGAAGACUUGGAGAUUGAGAGACAACUAAAGCUUCUCAACAAGCCAGCCAUCAAAACCAUAAUAGAAAAUGGAGACAUAUAUGAUUGUGUUGAUAUCUACAAACAACCAGCUUUUGAUCAUCCAUCUCUCAAACAUCAUAAAAUUCAGUUAAGGCCAAGUUAUUAUCCAAAAGGAUUAUUUGAUGAAAAUUCAUUAAAUAGUUCAAAAUUAAUGCAUGUUGGAUUGCAAAGUGAGAGGUGUCCAAAAGGAACCGUGGUUAUAAAGAGAGUUAGAAAGGAAGAACUUAUUAUGGGAAUGAGAUCAACUUUGAAGCACAGUAAAAUGAUGAUGAUGCAUUCUUCUUCUUCUUCAUCUCCCAAUCUUGUCCAUAUAAAUAGUUUUGAACAACAGUGGGCAAUAUGGCAUACUCCAUAUGGAGAAAACUAUGAGUAUUAUGGUGCUUCAGCAUUCAUCAAUGUCUAUGGUUUGCCUCAACUCACAAACACUCAAUUCUCCUCUGCCUUCUUUUGGAUUGGUAAUGAUGAUGAUGAUAAGGACCAUUCUGAUCAAUUAGUCAUUGGAUGGACUGUAGAUGACUCAGUAUAUGGGGAUAAGAACACAAGGCUAGCUACUUCUUGGACAGAUGAUGGCUUCAGAAGAACAGGGUGUGUGGAUAUGAGAUGCCCUGGGUUUGUUCAAGUCAGUCAAGAUAUACCUCUUGGAAUUGCCAUUAAACCUGUCUCCACUUAUAAUGGCCCACAAUAUGGCGUUCACAUUUCUGUUUUCAAAGAUCCCGCAACACUAAAUUGGUGGUUUGUUUAUGGAUCUGAAAAAAAACUAGUAGGUUACUGGCCAAAUAAACUUUUCACCAAUUUAAGUAAACGUGCCACUAAGCUUCAUUUUGGUGGAACCGCCGGAUUUGAAGGGUAUCCAGAUGCAGGAUUGCCGCCCAUGGGAAGUGGUCAUUUCCCAGAUGAAGGUGCUAACAAAGCAUGUGUUUUUCAACAGAUUAAAUACAUAAACGCAGCUCAACAAUCACUAAAUUUACCGAUAGAUGAGUUAUAUCCACUUUCAUCAUAUCCCAAUUAUUACAAAGUUGGACCUCUCACUAACUCCAGCGGUACUCAAGACACAUUCUAUUUUGGUGGACCUGGAGGUCCAGUUAGCUCUUGA